GAUUUUCCGAGGUAAAUUUUAAACGAGCACGUAAGAAACAUUGUUUACACACCGGCGAUCAGUCUUUUGAAUGAUUCCUUACAGAUGUGGUGUAUUUUUAUGAAAUUAUGAAGCCACAGAGAGGUAAAAACUCGAAGAAGAAAGGGGAAGUUGACCCAGUGGAGGUAUACUGUCGCAUCCGCCCUUUAGACAAUCCUAAUGACACAUGCUGUGUAAAGCCCCUCAAUACUACAGUGGUUCAGUUGAUACCACCAGAGAAUUCUUUAACAGUGGCCAGAAAUGGACAGAUCAAAGAGUACCAGUUCACGUUCCAAUACGUAUUUGAUGAAUACACAUCACAGAAGGCCGUGUUUGACUACGUGGCCUGCCCCCUAGUGGACGACCUAAUCAAGGGCAAAAAUGGGUUACUCUUUACAUAUGGCAUCACCUCCUCUGGUAAGACGUACACAAUGACAGGGACCCCCAAAGAUCAGGGUAUCCUCCCCCGAUGUCUAGAUGUUCUGUUUAACAGCAUCAGUGGGGUUCAGGCCAAGAAAUACGUUUUUAAAUCAGACAAAAUGAAUGGUUUUGAGGUGCAGUCUGAAGCUGAUGCCAUGAUAGAGCGACAAAAGAGGGACAUAAUGCCAGGGAUAACUACCCCCAAAACCCCCACCUCAAACAGAAGAGGUAACUUUGGAGACCAAGAGAGGAUUAGCGACCCGACCAUUCUUACCAGCGUGGACGAUGACAAUCAGUAUGCUGUGUUUGUCUCCUAUAUAGAAAUCUACAACAAUUACGUGUACGAUCUGUUAGAAGAGCUGCCUUAUGACCCCAUCACAGGUUACAAGCCUCCCCAGACUAAGAUCUUGAGGACAGACUCCAGUGACUGUAUGUACGUGAUGAACUGUGUAGAAGUGGAGAUCACCAGCCCAGAGGAGGCUUUUGAAGUCCUCUUUAAAGGACAAAAGAGACGUAAGGUUGCCCACACAGCUCUGAAUGCAGAGUCAAGUCGCAGUCACAGUAUCUUCAACAUCCGCUUAGUCCAGGGCCCACUAGACCCCCGGGGGGAGGAAGUGUUACAGGACCCAGAUAAGAUCUGUGUCAGCCAGCUGUCGUUAGUGGAUCUGGCCGGCAGUGAGAGGACCCACAGAACAAAGAAUGCUGGGGACAGACUGAAAGAAGCAGGAAAUAUCAACCAGUCUCUGAUGGCCUUGAGAAAUUGUAUAGAGAUUCUCCGUGAGAACCAGAAAAACAACUCCAACAAGAUGGUUCCGUACAGAGAUUCUAAGCUGACACAUCUGUUUAAGAAUUAUUUUGAUGGAGAAGGGAAAGUCAGAAUGGUUGUCUGUGUUAAUCCUAAAGGAGACGAAUUUGACGAAACAAUACAUGUGAUGAAAUUUGCGGAGUUAUCACAGGAAGUGCUUAUUGCUCGGCAACAACAAGUGAGAUUUGACAUUGGAUUAACGCCAGGGAGACGGAAGAUCAACCAGAACUAUAAAGACAAGUUUAAACCAGAGGAGGAUUUGUGUACACCUGCCAAACUGCCUGCCUUUGACUUUACCCUGGGACCUGGAUUCCCUCCUUUUGAAUUGCUGCGGUCCACUGAUAACAUCAUCCUGGCUGAGCUGGAGAAGUUUUUGGAGGAACGCCAAAGACGGAGAAAAGUUCUACAGCUGGAGCUAGACAAACAAAAUGAUGAGUUCCGAGCUCACCUUGUGGAGUUUGAGAGGAACUAUGACCAGGCCAUGAUCCAGAAUGAGGACCUCCAACAAAGGGUGGAAAAAUCUGAAUCUUAUGUCCAGAAACUGGAAUCCCGGAUCAGAUCCCUAGAACGACGCCUGGGAGAAAACACACGACAGACCAAAGAGUCAGAACGACAGAAGAGGGAACUGGAGGCCAUGAUUCAAGAUAAAGAGGUGAAGAUCCGUCAGGAGAAAUCGGAGAAGGAAAGACUAAAGAAUGACUUCAAAGCUCGACUGGACAUGAACAACCAACACUGGGAAAGAAAUCUAGAAAAAGAAAGACAGAAAAUUGAACAAGACUAUGGGGGCCAAAUCUGGGAGAGACAACAAAAGUUGAACAUGCUGAGGAAUAUUGUAAAUGAGACAGACAGUGAUGCAAGUACUCCCAUGCCAGCUCCAAGGGAAACUUUUAGGACACCUGCACCUAAGUCCAGGACCCAAACCACCCCUGCAAAAAUGUUGUCUGCUCGAUCAGAGAAUGACAUGAGAAAAAUAGGGACCACCCCCACUCCUCGUGCCAGGACAGUCACCACUGGAGCCACACUGAGUGCCGCCCGGGCAAAUCUUAGACCCACCACAAAAUCUACCUCCAAAACUCCCAAGCCAACCCCACCCUUCAACCCACGACAUAGAAGGUCAAGGUCAUCUAAUGCUGAGAUCUGGUUGGACCACCGCCCCCCAGGAAGUGUGGAGCUAGAUACGGUGCUUCAGCCAAAGAUGAAGAAGAAAAAAUCUGUGUCCAAACUUGAGGUGAAAGAUACAAAAGAAGUGUCCAAGUAUAUGUUAACUCACCAAGACAUGGACUCAGAGGACAACCUGACCACUCAGAUAUACAAGGGUGACUGUCUCCCCACGGCUGGUGGAGGAACUGCUGUGGUGUUUAAUGAUGUGGAGACGCUAAAACAGACUUCCCCCGGCAGCAGGAAGAGGCGGAGCUCGUGUCCCCAACCCCAGGAUUACGAGGGGGACUGGACAGAUGUAGAGGACAGGUGUAAUAUAGCCAUUGAGGGACACGGCAAUGCUAUGAAGAGAAGCAAACCCAAUGGUGCUACUCGAGUUUGAAUUAUCUGCACUUCACAUUAUAGAUACCACCAACACAGACAUUAUAUCAAAUUAACUUGUUUUAGUGAACAGACUGCUGUGAUUCCAAAAUUGUCACAAAGAAUUGGCUGGAAGCUACAUUGAGGAUUUUAUCUGACCUGUCCUACAUAUAUUUUCUGUAUUCUUGCCUGUACUUUAUUGUCGACACUGAUGUUGCAUCACCAAUGGAUAUUUUUAAUUCCUGAUUUAUCUCCCUUAGAAUCAGAACUUUCUGUCCUCCACAAUUCAUGACUUUUUUUACUUUGCCAUAUGUCAUUACUUACUUUCUAUUGAUAUUUAUUACUUUAUUGAUAUGAAUUUAUCCUGGUAGAGCAGACAUUGUGAUAUUAUCUCACGUACAGGAAGAAUGGUAUAAAUUUUAUCAACAUUUUUUUACAAUAUGAACUAUAUUUUAAAUAAAGUUGUACAUACUGUGUAUAUAAAUGUAAAUAUUGUGUCAUGAGUUCAUAAAUAUAAUUUUUCUCUCUCUCCACAAAUUCUCUCUUGGUGCUUCUUUCACCACAUGUCUAAAAAAAGACUUUACAUGUCAAAUUACAGAAUGUGAUAUUUUUUUUUCUCGUAUGCAGAAAAUAUUGUAAAAGGUGUAUUUAAAAUUGAAUUGUUAUGAAACAUUUCGUAACAUUUUUUCUUUCUUUUUUCUUUUUUUACACCUUGAACCUCUUUUGAAAAUAAUGAUUGCAUACAUUUAAUUUUAAUCCAUU